GCCCGACUGGUCGUCCAGGAAGCUGCUCCCGGCUUCCCGGGCUGACCCAGUAUCUCCUGAGCAAUGUGCCUGUCACAGCCGCCUCCCUUCCUUUGAGUGGGCACAGGCAUGAGUGCUGGGGCCUUGGCCCCUCUUCGGGCUGCCGGUGGCAGGAGGGGGCUCUCUCGCCCUACUGCCUGCCCCGUCCUGUUCCCCCAAGCCCUGCUAUGUGUGCUUGAGCCAUGGAGGUCCUGGGAGCACUCCCCAGACAGCUGCUGGGGGAGGAGGGGUGAGAGGACAGGUGGGCCUGUGGUCACCACUCUCCAGGCAGAGCCGCUGUUCCACAGGCCAAGGGAUUGGGGUGGAUUUGGAAAGUGUCAAAUGACUAGCCUGCACUGCCAUUGCAGUGGGGGCCCUGGGAUGUCACCAUGUCCAGGACCACGGAGGGCCUUCUAGCCACCCUCCUAGGGUGAUGGUGCUCUUCGCCUGGAGUCAAGGGUCCACAUGGCCGGGGGUCCUGGAGCCUCCCGCCCACUCUAUUGUGUUGCUCACCUGGGGCGGCACUGAGGCCCUUGUCCUUAGGGUGCCCUGGCCUUUUAUAGGCUGAGCGUGACAUGAGCACACCUCGGCCUGCUGAGGGGCAAGCCCGACACCCAGGGCUGGAGUGGGAGACGGAGGCUUCGAGAAGGGAACCCUGUGCUCCUGGGUGCCACAUCCCAGCACGUGGCUCGACACCAAGGUGGAGUCUGCUGGGCCUGGCUGCUGGGGCCUGGCCCCCAUCACACUCCCAGCCCCUGUGGCUCCCUCCUCCUGCCUGUGAGCACACGCUCCUCAGGAGCCUGCGUGUGGCCAGAGCCUGCCUUCUAAUGUGUCAACACGGGCGUGUGUCGCAGUGGCUGUGAGCUAGCGAGGGGGUGGCAAGCAAGCCGGCUGCACAGGUCCUGCGGCCUCAGGUCUCCUGGUUGCCCAACAGGCGGCUGGGGGCGGGCCGUGGCCACUGAUUAAAGGCAGCCUGGAGCAGCCCGUGCGGAGACAGGUACCCAGCAGCCCAGGAAGCCGGCCAGCACCCGCCCCAGCUACAGGCCUCGCUGCCCCGUGCGGACGUCACCAUGUCUAAGGCACCCCGGGCUGAGACCUUCGUCUUCCUGGACCUGGAAGCUACCGGGCUCCCCAGUGCCGAGCCCGAGAUCGCCGAGCUCUCCCUCUUCGCCGUGCACCGCUCCUCCCUGGAGAACCCGGAGCGCGACGAUUCAGGCGCCCCUGUGCUGCCCCGGGUCCUGGACAAGCUCACACUGUGCAUGUCCCCCACACGCCCGUUCACAGCCAAGGCCAGCGAGAUCACCGGCCUGAGCAGCGAAGGCCUGGCGCGCUCCCGGAAGGCUGGCUUCGACGGCGCCGUGGUGCGGACAUUGCAGGCAUUCCUGAGCCGCCAAGAGGGCCCCAUUUGCCUCGUGGCUCACAACGGCUUUGACUAUGACUUCCCCCUGCUGUGCACGGAGCUGCAGCGCCUCGGUGCCCACCUGCCGCGGGAUACCAUCUGCUUGGACACACUGCCAGCGCUGAGGGGCCUGGACCGUGCCCACAGCCAUGGUACCCGCGCCCAGGGCCGUAAGGGCUACAGCCUGGGCAGCCUCUUCCACCGCUACUUCCACGCUGAGCCUAGCGCAGCGCACUCGGCCGAGGGGGAUGUGCACACCCUGCUCAUGGUCUUUCUGCACCGCGCUGCCGAGCUCCUCUCCUGGGCCGAUGAGCAGGCCCGCAGCUGGCUCCACAUCGAGCCCAUGUACAUGCCGCCUGACUCCCCGCACCUCCAGUCCUGAGGUCUGGAGCUGUCACUGCCUGGAGCUGUGCUGCCCCUGCCCCCUACUGUUAGCUGAGCAGCCCCAGGCCUGUGCACCUGCCGGCCAGCUCUCCCCAUCCCUCCCCUCCCCCUUCCCCUGCUUUGCCGUGGCCUCCCAUGACCCUGGAGCCUUGUCUCACCCUGGCCCAUGCAUUCCCCGGGGGGAGUUUGCUGCUUCCUGGCUUCCACCUUUCACCCUCUUUCUCAAUAAACA